ACACUUCUCAUCUUCCUCGUGCAAAUGUAAACAACAUUUUCAAAAUAUAUCAAAUACAAAUUCAACAUGUCGCACAUAGAUUUUGGUGAAUUAAAAAACGACACAAAUUUCACAUCAAUUGUUAAUAAUUUUUCAAAAAGCUUGGAUGAAAUCGAUGCAAUUAUAACCGAAGCUAUUAAUUACAAAGAUUACGAUGAACUGACAACAGAGGAAAAAGUUAAAUUUGACAAUUAUUUGGCUUACACCACAAAUUCCUUAUAUUGGAUGUAUGUUAAGCUCAACGGAUUGGAUCCAAAUGCUCAUGGAAUCAAAAAUGAACUAUCCAGAGUUCGGCAGUCCAUGUUGCGGGACAAACAAAUUCACGAAAGGAACACAAUUCGGCCAGUUCUUGAUAAAAGUGCAGCUGGACGAUUUAUAAGACAUGGUUUGCACGAUAGAUCAAAUCGAGAUGAGGAACAUGAAAAUGAAAAUGAAGAACUAAUGGAAACAGCACCACCAAAACCAUUGAAUAAGAAAAUUAUAUUUGAUAACGAUUCGGACUGAAGUAAAUAAAAUGUAGAUUAUUAUGUUCUUAAGGAA